UUUCUGCCUAACGGCGAAGUUCUCAUCCCCUAACGAACUUGAAUACUAAUCGGUAUUGGAAACUGCAUAUCGUGUCGUUAUGUACUUCUGGCCUACGUAUUAACCUUGCUUUAUCCAUCCCCACCCGACCUACCCAGGUACCUAAUCAUUUCGCAAUGCGUCUUCUAAAUGUUAACGACCUACAACUCGUCGAUUUCCAAGGCCAAGAUAUACCUCGGUAUGCCAUUCUAUCCCACACUUGGGGAGAAGAUGAGGUUACUUUUGAGGACUUGUCAAAGAAUAAUUACCGGCACAAACAUGGUUUCUCGAAGAUCGAGGGAUGCAGGAAAUUGACGAAGCAUGACAGACUUGAAUGGUUCUGGGUUGAUACAUGCUGCAUUGAUAAAUCCAGUAGCGCUGAGCUUUCGGAGGCCAUUAAUUCGAUGUACGCCUGGUAUCAGCGGGCUGAAUAUUGUUAUGUCUACCUCGUCGAUGUUCCCACCGUCCCCUACCCAGGUCCUUUUGAUAGCUUGGCUUUUCAAAAUAGUCGCUGGUUCACGAGGGGCUGGACCUUGCAAGAGCUUCUAGCGCCGACAUUCCUCAUAUUUUACGAUGCUUCGUGGGGACUCAUUUCGUACCGAUGUAGUUCGGUUGAUUUGAUUAGCGAAAUCACAGGCAUUGACGCUAAUAUUCUUGAGUCCCCUUAUCGUAUAAAAGAGGCGAGCAUAGCUUUAAAGCUUUCCUGGGCUUCACAACGACAGACUUCAAGGGAGGAAGAUAUGGCGUAUUGUUUGAUGGGGCUGCUAGAUGUGAAUAUGCCACUUCUAUAUGGAGAAGGCGGUGCCAGGGCAUUCCAUAGGCUUCAGAAAGAGCUCAUGAAUGAUCAAUAUGAUCAUACCAUCCUAGCCUGGGGAUUGUGCUCUAAAAAGUCUCUACUAUACCGACUCGAUGACAUACAUCUUCUAGCUCCCUCGCCUGCUUUCUUUGGCAAGUGGAAUGUACACAUGCGACAUAUCUCGCCAGAAAGUACGCAUUAUUUUUUGACAAAUCUAGGCUUGCACAUCUCACUUCCAAUCAUAUUCUUAGGGGAGAAAUAUGCGUUAGGGUUAUUGGAAUGCAAAGAUGAAACAGAUAGCUAUCGAGUCGCCUUGCCAUUGUACAUAAACCAUCACGAAGGCGCUUUGCCAAUCGGGAAAAAGGUUCGGAACAUCUCACCACUUAUGGUUCCACCAUCAGCGAGGCAACACGCACACCUCACCACUAUUUACCUACAAGGUUGUCAAAAAGAAUGGUUUGGUGUUUUAUCCACCAAUGUUGUUUGGAGCACUCUAUUAAUCAACGGCUACAAGCUUGCCGAUUACUUCCCGCCCUCUGAAAAAGACCGAGUUUCUUCCUCCAGCGGAGAAUUCCGUGGUGUUUAUGGUAGUUUCCUGCUGCGAUUCCGUCAUAAAUACCUCGACGAUAUACUUAUCAUGGGCCGUCAACGUCCCAACGACAUAGGCUCACUGAUUAAAAAUGGUAUACGAAUAUUCGAAGGGUAUGCUGCCAUUGCUACCUUUCCAAACCCUGGCAAGCAGGAAGGGAAGCAGCAAUCACGUCCGCUUACGUCCUGGGAGCUACUAUCACAACCCGAUUUCGACAAGAUCGAUUUUGAACGCAUUGAAAAAUCAUUCCAGUGGAGCUCAUCAGUGACUAUUGUUUUGAAUCACCUUGAGGAUCUUGGUACUGGCUGUAACAGGAAGGCUCGAUUCAUAUUGAGUAGGUCAGGUGGAGAUCAGCCACAUCAACACACCUUGUCUGUGGAGCCUGCCCCAAUUCUGGAGACAAACUCAAGAGAUUCUUCAUCGAAACCAAGCCAUUAGCUAUCCCUUUGACUGGCGUAAGACUUCAGUUUCCACAAAAUCGGUAACUAGACAUUGGAGAUAGCGUAGGCCUAUUGAACCUAUGGACGAUGAGGCUCUUACAGUGAUAUUCAGAAGGGCCUAUCCAACCAGAAGCAAAAUUUGCAAGUGCCAGUGGAACUCGGGGCCUUCUGGCAGUACAGUUACUAAUUGCGGUGGAGCUGUAGUCUUAUGCUAGUCAAAGGGAUAAAAUGCCAUGACACGUGUUUUAUGAAGCGUUGGAUAAGGUGAUACUUAAGUUAGGUAUGAUGUUAUUCGUGCCAACAUGUCUUUCUUUCGAGUUGAUACGGGGGUGUCAAGGGGAGAGUGUUACAGUUAUUUCUUUUUUUAAUAGUGUAUAUCGCAUGACUUCAUCCAAAAUAAACUCCACGACUGUGAUACAGGAAGGUUGGUACCUAAUAAAUGAGGCAAGGAAGUAAAUGUUUGAAAGGGCCUGUAGCUGUGCGUAUACCAGGUGUUGACGAAUACAAGUGAAUUGAUCUAAUGGUUCUGGAUGAUGACCUUGGGAAGAAUGAGUCAUC